CCAACGGAAAAGAUGACCUGGGGUUUUGUUACAUGCGGGCCGAAUGAAGCCAUGGUUGUUUCAGGCUGCUGCCACAGGAGUCCGUAUUAUGUUACAGGUGGACGGAUUUUCCUCCUGCCGUUUAUUCAACGUUUGGACAGGAUUUCGCUUAACAUCAUGACGCUUAUCAUUGAAAGUCCGCGGAUAUACACUCAGAAGGGUGUUCCAAUUACCGUAACUGGUGUUGCCCAGGUAAAAGUGCAGGGCUCAAAUACCGAAAUGUUGAGCGCCGCCUGCGAGCAAUUUUUGGGAAAGACAGAAGAGGAGAUUCAAGAGGUUGCCAAGGAAACCCUUGAGGGUCACCAACGCGCCAUCAUGGGCAACAUGACCGUGGAGGAGAUCUACAAGGACCGCAAGAAGUUCUCCAAGGCCGUCUUUGAGGUGGCCAGCUCGGACCUCAUCAACAUGGGCAUCAGUGUCGUCAGUUACACCCUCAAGGACAUAAAAGAUGACCAGGUAAGUCAACGCUGCACACUCCCCUUAAAAUGCACAGGGAUGCCAUUUUGUCUCACAGGAGUAGUCAGUGUAGCAAGGAGUCAGGUUUCACCAAAAACGCAGACACCACUGUUUACCGUCGGUUCCAUUCUUAAAUUGCUGCCGGAAUGGCUGGUCUAG